GAGGAGGCCACUGCAGGGCCCGGUGCCUGAGGAGGAGUCGGAGAUGGCAGCGGCAGAAGCAGUGCACCACAUCCAUUUGCAGAACUUCUCGCGCUCGCUGCUUGAGACCCUCAAUGGCCAGAGGUUGGGCGGGCACUUCUGCGACGUGACUGUGCGCAUACGUGAGGCUUCGUUGCGGGCGCACAGAUGCGUGCUGGCUGCUGGCUCGCCCUUCUUCCAGGACAAGUUGCUGCUUGGCCACUCCGAGAUCCGUGUGCCGCCGGUGGUGCCCGCACAGACGGUGCGCCAGCUGGUAGAGUUCCUCUACAGCGGCUCGCUCGUGGUGGCUCAAGGUGAAGCACUACAAGUGCUCACAGCUGCGUCGGUGCUUCGCAUCCAAACAGUCAUCGACGAGUGCACACAGAUUAUCGCGCGCGCGCGCGCCCCAGGUGCCCCGGCGCCCACGCCCUUACCUGCAUCGGUGCCCCCACCACUCGCGCCCGCACAGCUGCGCCACCGCCUGCGCCACUUACUGGCUGCGCGUCCCCUGGGGCACCCCGGCGUCGCGCACAGUCGCAAGCAGCGCCAGCCUGCUCGUCUGCAGCUGCCUGCGCCCCCCGCGCCGGCCAAAGCUGAGGGGCCGAAUACUGAGCCAGCACUGCCCGCGGCCCCUGGGGACAGAGGUGAUGAUGACGACGAUGAGACGGAUGAUGAGACUGAGGGAGAGGACGGUGAAGGCGGUGGCCCAGGUGAGGGCCAGGCGCCCUCUUCCUUUCCCGACUGUGCCGCGAGCUUCCUCACCACCCCUGACAGCGCUCAGGAAGACCCCACUGGGCCCACCAGCCUUGCUGACUAUGGCGGUGCGGGGAGAGAUUUCCUUCGGGGAGCUGCUGUGGCCGAGGACAUAUUCCCAGACAGCUAUAUGUCCGCUUGGCACGAGGAGGAUGGCACUGCUGCCGAAGGCUGUCCCACCGAGCCCCCUGUCCCGACCGACUGUGCCCUAGUUGGGCCCCGCCCGCCUGGCGUGAAGACCCCUGGGCCACCUGUUGCACUCUUCCCCUUUCACCUGGGCGCCCCUGGGCCCCCAGCGCCAACCCCUCCCACAACAUCAGGGCCAGCCCCUGCACCCCCAUCGGCCUUCUACCCUGCGCUCCAGCCAGACCCAGUCCCCAGCGCUCAACUUGGAGAAGCCCAGGCCCCCGCUGUGGCUCCUACCAUGGUUCCCUCAGGCACUACUGUGCGCGCCACGGGUGCAGAGCAGCCGGCCUAUGAGUGUAGCCACUGCCGCAAGACGUUCAGCUCUCGGAAGAACUAUACCAAGCACAUGUUCAUUCACUCGGGGGAGAAGCCGCACCAGUGUGCAGUUUGCUGGCGAUCCUUCUCAUUGCGCGACUACCUGCUCAAGCAUAUGGUCACGCACACCGGUGUGCGCGCCUUCCAGUGUGCGGUUUGCGCCAAGCGUUUCACUCAGAAGAGCUCUCUCAACGUGCACAUGCGCACGCACCGGCCGGAGCGUGCGCCCUGUCCUGCCUGCGGCAAGGUCUUCUCACACCGCACGCUGCUGGAGCGUCACCUGGCUGCACACCCUACCCCCUGAUGGGGAUGUUCAAGGUGGGAAUCCACCAUCUGGCGAAGUAGGUCGCACCAGCUGUGGCGCCUUGAUCACAUUACUUCCAUCACACUGCAUUGAUCGCUUCUGAGUGCAGACCUUACCCUUUACCCACUCCUACUCCCUUCUGGUGGACCUGGAGCCCAGCCUACCUUAUUCCCUCCUGCCCUUGCUCAUUCCUGCAUGUACCUGGACUUUCCAGCUGAGGCAGGGAAUGGUCAAGGACCCUAUCACCUCUGAGAACUGGACCAUUUCCAGACGGCAUUGGGCGCCCAGACUGUCGGAGCCAGCCGGGGAUUAGGGUUCCCAACGCCGGUUUGCGCCCUGCCCACUCCAGAGGUGUGGUGGAGUUAAGCUGUCCUCUGCCCUAGUUUUAGGCUGGCCAAGGUCUCUUGCCCUCCCACCUGGAGAUACCCCUCCCUGAGCUAAGGCUCAGUUGAACAUAAACCCAUCAUGGAAUGGGUCAGACUUUGAGAUUCCACUGUAAUAAAGGAUG